GGCGCCCCGGCGUUCGAUUGCAGCCCGGGCCGAGGCCUUUGCCUUAGCUCGUGCCGGGCGGCCGCGGGCAGGGCGCCGGGAGCGCCCGGGGAGCCGCGUGCGGCGACCCCGUCCGCUGGCGAUCCUGGAAAACCCAGCGCGCCCGGCGGUGGCUCCGGGCACCGCGGCCGUGUCGGGGAGGGCGACGAGCGCGGGGCCGCAGUGGAUGCGCGGUAGCUCGCCGGGCCCAGCGCCGUUAACGAGCGGGGAAGGCUCCCGGGCGGCUCGAGCGGCGCCUUGGCGAGCGACGCGGGGCCGGUGGCGGCGGCGGUCGCGCCAGCGCCGCCCCGGCCGAGUCCUCCCCUUUCCGCUGGGAUUCGCUCAAAACCUUAUCGCCGGCAGCCACGGGGCCCCGAGAGGCGCCGCGGGUCGGGAUGAGCGCGGGGCCGGCGCUGCUCGCGGCGCGUCCGUGACCGCCGGGCCCGGGGGCGGGGGGAGGGAGGGGAUUUGCCUGGAAAAACAACGUUUGUUUGUUCAAAUCCAACGCGGCCAAAACGAGCCUGAGCGGGCGGCUGGGGCGCGGGCGGGCCGCGCUGAGCGAAGCCCUCUCGCCCCCGCGCCAGGCCUCAGCUACGGGCUCCUGCCCCGGCCCUGCCGCGCGCUGGUGCUGCUGAACCCGCUGAGCGGCCCCGGCCUGGCGCUCAAGGACUUCCAGGCGCUGGUGCAGCCCAUGCUGGCCGAGGCCGAUGUGGCGCCCACCGUCUUCGUCACCGGUAAGUGCCCGGAGAGGUCCCGCCGGCCUCCUGCCACCCCUCCCUCCCCUCCCCGGGGACCCGCGCGGCCCCGGCCCGGCCACGCUCGGCUCUCGGCGCUCUCCUCCCCAGAGAGACCCCACCACGCUCACGAGAAGGUGCGGGACGAGGACCUGUCGCAGUGGGACACCUUGGUGGUCAUGUCUGGAGACGGCCUCCUCCACGAGGUGAGCGGGGCACUCGGAUGCCCCCCGGCCACGGCCGGCACCGCGCCGGGGGCCGAGAGGAGGAGAAAAGUGCCGGAGGGGCGAACUGCCCCCCGAGGCGAGCCGAGCCGAGCCGUGCCGCGCCGUGCCGAGCCGAGCCGCGCCAGCUGCCUCCCUGCCUCCCUCGCGCAGGUAGUGAACGGGCUCAUGGAGCGGCAGGACUGGGAGGCCGCCGUGAAGACGCCGCUGUGCAUCCUGCCGGGAGGCUCCGGCAACGCCCUGGCCGCCUCCAUCAACCACUACGCGGGCAACGACCACGCCGGCAAGCGGGAGCUGCUGACCAACUGCGCCUUCAUCCUCUGCAAGGGGCUGCACACGCAGAUGGACCUCGUCUCGCUGAGCACGGCCUCCGGCACGCGCCUCUUCUCCUUCCUCAGCUUCGGCUGGGGCUUCAUCUCCGACGUGGACAUCGCCAGCGAGAAGUACCGCAAGCUGGGCAAUGCCCGCUUCACCCUGGGCACCCUGCAGCACCUGGUGCGGCUGCAGGUGUACCAGGGCCGCCUGUCCUACCUGCCCGCCGACGCCGCCCCCGGCGCCCGCGACGACCCGCCGGCGCCCGUCCCCAACGGCCACGCGGGCCGCAUCCUGCCGCCGGCCGAGACGGGGGCGCCGGGCGCCCGGGCCGAGGCGGCUCUGCCCGAGGACUCGCUCCUGGUGCCGCUGCAGCAGCCGGUGCCCGCGCACUGGACCGUGGUCCCCGAGGAGGAGUUCGUCUUCGUCUACGCCAUCUACCAGUCCCACCUGGGCUCCGACCUGCUCAUGGCGCCGGCGGCGCGGCUCCACGACGGCCGCAUCCACCUCUUCUUCCUGAAGGCCGGCGUGAGCCGCGUGACGAUGCUGAAGCUCUUCCUGGCCAUGGAGAAGGGGACGCACCUGGACCUGAACUGCCCCCACCUGCGCUACGUGCCCGUGCGCGCUUUCCGCCUGGAGCCGCGGGCCAGCGCGGGCGUCAUGACGGUGGACGGCGAGGCGCUGGCCUGCGAGCCCGUGCAGGGCCAGAUCCACGGCCGCCUCUGCCGCGUCCUCUGCGGCUCCUGAGCGCCGCGGGCCCGCCGCAGCCUUCCUCCCACUCAGGAACAUCCUCCUCGUCCUCCUCCUCCUCCCCUAGGAUAGACCUCAGGGGCCGCCGCGGCCGGCCGCUGCGCCGCUCUCUGCACUUUACGGAGACCAGGAUAGCUUUACCCCGUGGGGCGGGAGCCGCGGCCGGGCCAGCGCCGCCCCGGGAACGAGCCGCAGGCCCCCCACCCCGUCAGGUACUCGGUGCCGGCGAGUCUCCGGCACGCUCUGUUUGUUGGUUUUUCUUUUUUGUUGUAUUUUUUUUUUUUUUAAUCCCAGUCAGCGGUACGAUGUCCUGUCCCCCGGCCGGCUGCGCGCGGCCCCGGCGCCCUCCCCAUCUCCGACGCACACGGUGGCACCGGCGGGUCCCCCCGCCGCAGAGCCCGGCUGCUCGCCGGGGAUGCUCAGGACCAACAUCUAUGCCAGGAAAGCAAAUUUUCUUUCUUUCUUUCUUUUCUUCUUUCUUUCUUUCUUUCUUUUUUUUUCUUUUUUUUUUU